CUUGACAGAGCGCAGCAGUGCGCCGCGCUCCUCCUCUCUCCUCGUGUGCACUCAUCCCUGCUUAACGCGUGUGAUGCCAAGUAGGACACAUCCUCCGUAAAAACGGGAAAAUAAUCGUGAAAGAAGUCAGUCCAAUUUUGAUUUCGCGGGGGUUUAGAAGUUGGCGAGUGAUAACUUCCGUCUCAAGUGUGCUGUAUGUUGUAAUUCCCCCACUUUGGAUGACAAGAAGAGAACUAACAGAAGACCUCAACCUAACUUUUUGUACGCUUUGAAGCAUUUUUGAAUGAAAAUCAUGGAUAUUUGUGCGCGAAAUGAGACGUCUGCGUCUCCGGCGUGCGUUGCAGCGCAAACGGAUGCACUGCAAUCUGGAGCCGGUAACGGGAGCCUGGAGACCUCAAACAUCACCUGCUGCAACGUUUCCUCAAUCCUUACACCUCCGCACGCGAGGCAGAAAGAUGAGGACCACACACUGCGAAUCCUGCUCUACUCCCUCAUCUUCUUCCUGAGCGUGGUUGGAAACCUGCUGAUCAUCGUGGUGCUGACGGUCAAUAAACGAAUGCGCACCGUGACCAACACCUUCCUGCUGUCGCUGGCUGUCAGCGACCUGAUGAUGGCUAUAUUCUGCAUGCCCUUCAACCUCAUCCCCAGCAUCCUCAAGGACUUCAUCUUUGGGGCCACCAUGUGCAAAAUUGUCUCCUACCUCAUGGGAAUAUCGGUGAGCAUCUCCACUUUUAGCCUGGUUGCCAUAGCCAUAGAGCGCUACAGUGCCAUAUGUAACCCCCUGAAGUCGCGGGUGUGGCAGACGCGUUCUCAUGCCUAUAAAGUGAUUGCUGUAACAUGGGUGCUGGCCUUCACCAUCAUGAUCCCGUAUCCCAUCAUCAGUCACCUGGAGGCUUUUCAGCGUCCAGACAACACCACGGCUCAUCAGUGUCGCCACAAGUGGCCCAUCGCAAAGGCUCAGCAGGCCUGGUACAUCCUGCUGCUGCUUGUGCUGUUUGCAAUCCCAGGGGUGGUGAUGAUUGUAGCCUAUGGACUCAUCUCCAGAGAGCUCUACAGAGGCAUCCAGUUUGAGAUGGGCCACAAAAAGGACUCGACUGAUGUAAAGAAUGGCCUGACCUCCACCAUGUCUGCUGGUAGCGAUGACGGCGAUGGUUGCUACGUUAAUGUUGCCCAGGGGCCGCACUCCAUGGAGAUGUCUAGCAUGGCGGCGUCGGUCAAAGCGGUCAAGACCGAGAGGCCGCGCAGUAACACAUCGAGUGCCAAGCUGGAGGCCAAGAAGCGUGUCAUCCGUAUGCUGGUGGUCAUUGUAGUCCUGUUCUUCCUCUGCUGGAUGCCUCUGUACUGUGCCAACACCUGGCGGGCUUUCGAUGACCUCUCUGCCAAACGUGCCCUCUCAGGGGCACCCAUCGCUUUCAUCCAUUUGCUAUGUUACACCUCCGCCUGCGUCAACCCCAUUAUUUACUGUUUCAUGAACACACGUUUCCGCAAUGCUCUGCUCGCCACGUUCUCAUGCUGUGCUGCACCAUGCAAACGUCGACGCCGCCGGGGUUUACGAGACACUGAGGAGGAUGUUAUGGCAACGGGAGCAUCCAUAUCUAAGUUCAGUUACACGACAGUCAGCACCAUGGGAACCUGCUGAGCUAGAAUGAUGCAGGCAGACUACAGGAAAGACAGUUACUACGGCAACACUGCUCCUCACAUCCUUUGUUUUUAGGCUAUCUCAAAGGAACUGUAUGGUGGAGGGGGAAAUGCUGUAUAGUGUAGCAGUAAAGAAACUUCAACUAUAACUGUGAGUAAAUUAUGUAGGGAGUGUUAAAGAAAUCUUACAGUGUAAAUACCUCCAUAGCUAUACAACAUGACACACAGUUAUCUCAUGUCCCACUGGACCAAGGCACAUCUUUCGCUAUACUGUUUACAGCAGGGCGUGUGUGGUUUUAUGCACUGGUUUUAGGCUGUGUGAUAUGCGAGGGAGGAAGUAUGUUGCUUUGUAGUUUUUUGUAGCUUAAAAAAAAGGGACAUUUGCCAUGUAAUUUAAGGGUGUGUGAUUUUUUUGCUGUCUGGUGUUAAUCUGUGAGAAUGACAGUAAUUCAGCUGCCUUGUGCACUAAGUGCCUGCUUCUACAAACUAUAUGCUCCUGCUGAUGUGCCUCAUUCAUCACAGGCAAAAAACAUUACACAGAAAUAGCAAAAUGGGAAAAUUGGGAGUAAGACCAAAAGAUCUUGUUGACAACCUGAAACCGUCCUUAGAAGGAAGGGAUUUCCUGUAGAUUUCCACUGGUGAAGGAGUGGGUUGCAAGUUGUGCAUUGCUUCACAGUCUUGACUGAAAACACUUCAGGAGCAUAAACAGCUUAGAUAAGCAGCAGUGCUUUGGUUGUAAACAGAAUGCUAGCCCUCUGUGCAUCCUUUAGAAACUAUUCUGUUCCAUUGAAAACAGUAUGGAGAUAUUUCAGUCCCUACAUCAGUACAAUAAAUCCCUAAUUUCAUUACCCAUUGGCUUCAUCUGACACAGGUCUAACCUUUGG